AUGGAUGACCGUACUCGAGACAUCGUAUCCAACAAAAAUCAAAGGGCUGUCGUUGCAUAUCACUGCUAUCAGAUGUGGUCCCUGGUCGUGGAUACGGAGCCGGAUAGCCACAAGAGUUUCCGCACCAAGCAGAAGCUUGCCAAAGCUCAGAGACAGAACCGUCCUAUUCCCCAGUGGAUUCGUCUCAGGACCGGUAACACCAUCAGGUAA